AUGAUCCGUAUCAUAGCCAGAGCCGCGCUCGAUUCCGCCACCACUAGCCCAGAGAUUGUCCCCUUCGAUCAAUGGCUUCAGAGGGUGCGGACGGCGAGCAGCGACAUCGACAAUGAGAACCCCGCGCGGAAGAUCCUCGAGUUCUUCGACGAGCAUUUCCUCCGCAUGGCCUGUGGCGGUCUCAUCAUGGAUACCACAUGUAGUCGAUCGGAUUCCCCGACGCUGGCACAUGCGAAGGCGAUCGAUGCGUCACUUGUUGAGAAGUAUGUGGUUUCUUGGAAGCAGAUGGGGUUCUUACCAUGA